AUCAACCAAAAGGAAUUACAACUUGGACCUAAUUGAGGAGCUAGGGGAAUCAUACCUAAGUGAGUUCCCAAACUGUAAUUAGUAGUUUUACUUAGUUUAGUUAGUAGAGUAGUUUAGUUAAUCAAUCCUUAAUCUAGUUUGCUAGAUAAUGAACUGAAGCUGAGUAAUAGUAACUCUAGAGACCCGUGGAUUCGAUAUUUAUUACUUGUGCCACUAUACUGCAGUCCCUUUCAUUGGUUACACUUGGCCAUUGUUAGGUGUUGUGUUUUAGAGCAUCAAGUUUUUGGCGCCGUUGCCGGGGACUUUCUAGAUUAUUAGGAAAGGCAGAAGUUUGUUACUUUAGCGUUUUUCUUUUCUUUUCCACCCUUGCUUUUCACUUGGGUGUUUUUGUUUUUGUUGGUGCAGAUCUGAAUCAUGGAUCCUCAUGGCUUCUCCAACCAUUGGGGGUAUCCACCACCACCCGAGUGCUAUUACCCCGAGACUCCCUGGAGCAAUCAAGGAGGAGAAGACGAUGGAUUCAGGUUCCAGUACCAACCCCCUUUCUACGGAGAACAACCAGACCCCUGGGCAUAUCAAGAACAACCUCAUUACCAAGAAGACUUUCUCCCACAACCAGAAGGGCCGUCGGAGCUGGAGUUACCCAUGGCGGCCUUCACGGCCCACUCUGCAGAGCCAUGCUACACUUCACUGGAAGAUCCGAACAAACAAUUAAGGCUUCUCGUGGAGCAGUUUGCUCGAGACACUGAGAAAUCAUGCUCCAAGAUGGAUCUUCAAAUCAAAGCCCUUGCCACUUCCGAUCCCUCAUUUCUCCAUGAUAUGGAGGAGACUGUUCAGCGCUCAGCAAAGCAAACAGAGUGGGUGAAACAAGUUUGCUCACAUCUUGCUCAAGAUCACCUUUCUGCUACCACGCUAGAAGAGGUGGAGGAUGACAAAGGCUAUGGGAGCGACCACACCUUUCCUCAUUUAUGCUCUAACAUGCUGGGCCCGUGCGAGGAGAUGCAAGAUGAUCCCAUUGAAGAAAUUGCUUGGCGACUUGCUCUCCAAUCUGUUCUAGAAGAAGAAGAGCGACCAAGGAUGAGGAAGGAAGUUGUGGAUGAUGAGGAAGAAAGAAAAGAAGAGGUGGUUCUUGAUCUUUUCCCAAGGGAGAGACCACAUUUUGAAGAAGGAAGGGGGGUUGAGGAAGCAAUUGGUGUCCAAGCUGAGGAUGAAGCUGAGGUGGAAGAGGCCUGCACCGGCCAUGAGUUACAUGUAAUAUCUCCACCAAACUUCGAGGAGCUGCUUGGCAAGGACCCAUUUGCAGUCUCUCUUUGCCAGACCAAGGCCACAUCGACAUCGGUCCCUCUUGGUGGACGCGAUGGUGGCCAAUCGAUGCUGUCAUAUCUGGUUUGGGGCAAUGAGACGAGAGAAGAGAAAAAGAGGUCUCGAGGGUGGAGACUUCAUCUGCAUCAAGUACAUGAGCCUUCAUCACCUGCCACACCACAUGCUCGUGACUUGAGACUCCACCUCAUCGACGAGAACCUCAACUUCAAGGAGGUUCUAGCAUGGACCGAAACUUAGGAGCCAUCGUCCGGCUCACGACGUGAAAGAAGCGCUUGUUGGGAGGCAACCCAACCAGUCGGUUUGCAUUUCUUUCUCUUUUUCUCCUCGGUUGAGUCAGUUUUGUUAUUUGAUUUUAGAGUCAAUAACUCAACCUUUGUGAGAUUUUGUGUGGUGUUUGUGUUCUGAUUACUCUCUCUUCCUAGAAUGCACUGCCUGACCCGUACAUCAUCAUUCACCCUUGAUCUGGUAACUUCGUUCUACCCUCCUUAUCUUUCCUCCAUUGAGGACAAUGUCGUGCUUAAGUGUGGGGGGGGGUGUUCGAUUAUGUAUGCGGGUGAAUGUUUGGCUGUUUGUGUGCUUGGAGCCUAGUUCACUGCCCAAAUUUUUAAAUUUGAGGGCUCCAAGUACGUGUUCCAUGCAAUUGCCUGCUCAGUAUGCUUUGAAUUGACAGUCUUUACAGUAAUAUGCAACCUAGGGAGGUAGUGUAGCACUAUGGAGGAUGUUGAUGCAUUUAAGAAGUCUCAUUUCUUCUAGAUAUAAAGUUGGUUGAUUGAG